ACCAGCUGCACUUCCAGCAGUUCUGCGUUCUAACUCACCGCGGGAUUACGUCACUUCCUGAAUCGGAGCCCCCACCGGAAGUGUCGCUGCCCCGGGUUCGCUCCUCAUGGCUGACAGCAGCAGUAACCCACCAGCUUGUGGUUGUAAGGGCAUCCGGUCGUGUCUACGGUGCGAGUCUCCGGCCGGUGCGUUACCAAAGGGGCUACACAAGAGGAAAUCAUUUGCGUACAUCCCAGAGGAAGACAUAGCCAAAGGAGCAGAGCGGAGCGAUGUGGCUGGCUGGUGGUUCCCAUUCCCCGGAGUGACUUUGAUAGAAGAGUUUGUUACUGAAGAUGAGGAGAAGGAUUUGGUGCACGCCAUGGAUCAGGAUGAAUGGAGACUUUCACAGUCCGGACGAAGAAAACAGGAUUUUGGUCCUAAGGUGAACUUUAAGAAGCAAAAAAUAAAAGUUGCCAGCUUCACUGGUCUCCCAAGUUAUAGCAAGGCGCUCUGGGAACGGAUGAAGAAUCACAACGGACUGGGCGGGUUCCUGCCUGUUGAGCAAUGUAAUCUGGAUUACAAUUCUGAGAGAGGAUCUGCUAUCGAUUCCCACUUUGAUGACUCUUGGCUUUGGGGGGAAAAAUUAGUUAGUCUAAAUCUUCUUUCAGACACGGUGCUCACGAUGACGAGUUCUUCUGGAGACAAUCUGCAGCUGAAUUGGCAUAGUGAACUGAAGGGGGUCUGUACACAGACUGUCCUUGAUAACCAUGUGACUAAUGUACAGUCGGAACCCCAGGGCUGCGGGGCUCAUAGCACCUCACAGACGGCCUCCGUUCCUUAUAGUGAUGUGGAAGUAGCCAUACGUCUACCACGAAGGUCGUUGGUUGUUUUAUACGGAGAUGCGCGCUAUAACUGGAUGCAUGCAAUUCACCGUGAGCACAUCAAGCAGCGCAGAGUUUGCAGUACAUUUAGAGAACUGUCGGCAGAGUUCAGUGCGGGAGGCAAGGAAGAGUCACAAGGACAAAUGCUGCUGGGUAUCGCUCUUGGCUUUCAAGGAAAAUCAGUUUAAAUGCCCUUCCUUCAUGUGUCAUAAUUUACCCUGUGAACUUCUUCUGCGUCAGG